AUGCUCCCAGUCAUAGUUGGGGUGCCUGGCAUGUGGCACCCUGCUUCUUGCUUCGAUGAUCUUGCUGCUAUUCUGCGUGAGAGAGGGCAUUCAUUCGUUGGUCACGACGCGCCUGGAAUUGCCUCUGAAGAUGCCUCUCAGAUGACGAUAGACUCGGACUCGGACGCUCUUAGGAAGGAUGUGCUCAUGCCGCUAGUUAGCCAGGGCAAGGACAUCAUCCUUCCCAUGCAUUCGUACGGCGGUUUAUACGGCUCGAAUGCUGUGCAAGGGCUGAGCAAACUGGAAAGAAAGUCCGCGGGUCAGCAAGGUGGUGUAGUCGGUCUCAUCUACGUAACUGCAGUCACGCCGUUCCUUGGCAAGUCGUUGAUGGACAUUCUUGGAGUGACUCUUGACAAUCUCCCGCCCCAUUGUUUAUACGAGGAAUCAACGGACCGCAUUCUGCUUGUACACGCAGAAAGGUACAUGUACCACGACCUUCCCGAAGGCACUGCAGAGAAAUGGAUAUCAACAACAAAGCCACAGGCAUUCGGUUCGAUCAACACUCCAGUUUCUUACUCGCCGCUACUAGACACUUACUAUGCCGAACGUAGCGCUUACAUUCUGUGUGGAAGCGAUCGUAUUCUCCCCCUCGAGGCGCAAAAGUAUCUCUGCGGGUCGGCCGGCAUUACAAACACAAAGCUAAUUGAGAAGGCCUCGCACGCCCCUUUUGCGAAUGCUCUCAAAGAAACAGCUGAUGCUGUCGAUUCCCUUGCAAAAUCUUCUGCACAGUCAUGUCUUGAGCCUUCCGAUGGUUCUCACUAG